CAGAAACACUCAACAUUUUCCCGAAGACAUUGUGACAUGGACGUUGUGCGGGAAGACUCCAAAGAGGCAGCCGAAGAAAAAUGCGAGGACGUUCAUCCGGAUGGCAGUGUCGAGCAACCACAUAGUGCCAGUCUCUCCCACUCAUUGCUCGGAGAGUCGCAAGGUGAAGGUCCUUGCGAAGCCAGCAUUCGGCGUGGUCCAAGUAGCUUCAGCAUCUCCAGCCUCAAUGACACCGAGAAGUCUGAGAAGGACCGAUGGGCCAUACAGCAGAAGCUGAUCUUGCGCAAACUGGAUGUUCAAGAUCAGAAGCUGGCACAGAUUCUGGACAUGAUGAAGAGGAUGGCACCGCCAGAGCUCAAGCCCUUGAAGUCUCCAGACCGGUCCGUGCCGGCCUCACCUCCUCAAGUGCGGCCACGCAUCAGCAGUGGGGGGAACUCCCAGGGCUCCGCGAUGACGCCCAUUCGGCCCAGGACUCCGCGGCUCUUUACGACCAGCAAGCAAGAAGAAGAUAUGCACCGCUUCAAGGCUGCCAGCAAGGAUGGCGCCAAUGCACGGCGCAGGUUUGCAGAUCUCCACAUCGACGCCCAAUCUGAAUCACAGAAAUCCUGGAGUCUCCGUGUCGUCACACACCCCGGCUUCGACAUCUUCGCCUUAGUGGUCUUAACGAACUCUGCCUACAUCGGCGUGGAAGUUCAGUACUCCAUGAGCCAGCCUUCGGAGGCUGAACUACUACCAUUUCACAUCAUUGGCACCUUCUACACCAUUCUUUUUACAGCUGAGCUCAUCAUGCGCAUUUGGGCUUAUGGCGUGAAGAGCUUCUUUUGCGAUGAAGAUUGGGCCUGGAGCCUGUUGGACUUUUUCAUCGUGGCCACAUCCCUUUUUGAGCUUGUAUCGUUUAUCUUGCAAGUGGUGUCAAACAUAUCUGGUUCGACCAACAUGAGUGGCAUCUCUAGCCUGAAGGCCUUCCGGAUCAUUCGACUCACACGCUUGCUGAAGACGGUGAGGCUCAUGCGUAUCUUUCGAUUUGUCCUGGCCUUGCGCAUGCUGGUCACCUCUAUAUUCCACACGCUGAAAUCCUUGUUUUGGGCACUGGUGCUGCUUCUCCUAAUUGUCUACGUUUUUGCGGUACUCUUCGUCCAAGCGGUGCAAGACUAUUUGGAAGAAAGCAGGGACCUGCUCGAUGACCUGGAACUUCGAGCAUGCGAGCUCUACUUCCAAUCCUUGGGGCAUACCAUGAUCACACUGUUCAUGAGCAUCUCUGGCGGUGUGAGCUGGGAAAAUGCGCUUCUUCCGCUCAUGAAGAUGUCACCUUUGUGGGUAGGAUGUUUCAUUUUCUUUGUGGCUUUCACGUAUUUCGCCGUUUUAAAUGUCAUAACUGCAGUUUUCUGUGAGUCAGCCAUUGAGAGUGCUCAAAGCGAUCAGUUCACAGUUGUUCAGUCGAUUUUGGCCGACAAAGAGAACCAUCUGCAGAAGGCCAUGGCCAGGGAGCAUGCGAAACCGGAGAGAUUUGGUGCACAAAAACAGAGGAAAUGCGUGUGCCAGGUGCGGAAUUUGUUUGCGCGGUUGGGGGCAAACGCAGACAGUGGUUCAAUCACAUUUUCUAUGCUGGAAUCACAGAUCAACUCUCCGGCUGUACAUGAAUACUUUACGUCAUUAGGCCUCGACAUUUGGGAUGCUUGGACAUUUUUUAGGCUCUUGGAUGCAGAUGGUGGUGGGGAGGUAGAAGUCGAAGAAUUUCUGAUGGGUUGCCUGCGUUUGCGCGGACCAGCCACGGCUAUUGACAUGGGCAAGGUUCUUCGAGACCAGAACUGGGUCGUUCAAACACUAGGACGCUUCAGCGCCUACGUGGAAGGUGAACUCCAACAUGUCAAGCUGAUGCUAGAAGCUGAACGGUCCUCUCCAGAUCGCGGUACCAGGUAACCUUCGUGAGUUUCUCUUAAUGAUCCUGCUGAUUGCAGAGUAUGAGAGUCUUCGAUUUGCCAAGCAUUCGAAACUCUAUUUGUGUGUCAUGCAGUUUCAUCACCGAGA